GUUGUAUAAACAUCAUGUGUGGAUUCUGCUGUUACUUCAAUUUCGAUACAUCUGAUAACGUCUACCCCAAUCUUGACCUUGAUACAGCUCUGGAAUAUAUUCACCACCGUGGUCCUGACUCUCGAGGCAAAUAUGUUUCUCCCGAUGGUCGUUGUGCUUUAGGCCACGUUCGUCUUUCUAUUCUUGACUUAGCUGGUGGUCAACAACCUUUAAGCAAUCCCUCCGGUAAAAUUCAGUCGGUUGUUAACGGUGAACUUUAUGAUUUUGAACGUAUUAGAGGAGAACUGGAAGGACAGGGACAUUUCUUCAAAACAAAGAGUGACAGUGAAAUUGCUCUCCAUUUAUAUGAAGAAUACGGAUUAUCCUUCCUCGAUCAUCUUCGUGGCGAAUUUGCUGCUGUCAUCUAUGAUACUGAAAGAAACCAUAUUAUUGCCGCACGUGAUCGUUAUGGCAUCAAGCCUCUCUAUUACACCGUCUCCCAAGGCACUCUUUUGAUAGCAAGUGAAAUCAAAUCUUUCAUUCCUCUGGGUUGGAAGCCUGAGUGGGAUGUCGAUUCUGUUUUGAACAAUGGAACUUUCUUUGACAACAGAACUUGCUUCAAGGGAGUUUACAAAGUGCCCCCUGCUCAUUAUCUCUUAGCUACUGGAUCUGGUUCUAUGGAAAUCCGCCCCUACUGGGAUGCUGACUAUCCGGAUAAAAACGUUGAAGAUCCUCGUUCUGUGGACGAAAUGGUUCAAGGCGUCCGUGACCGCUUAGUUGAAGCUGUUCGACAUAGAUUAAGAGCUGAUGUUCCUAUUGGUGUCUAUCUCAGUGGUGGUAUUGACAGCUCAUGUAUUGCUGGUAUUGCUUCAAAAUUGCUCAAGGAAAAUAACCCUGAUGCUAGAAUGAGAGCUUUCUCUAUUUCAUUUGCUGGCAGUGAAAAGUAUGAUGAAGGUGAAAUUGCCGAAAGAACUGCCAAAUUCUGCGAUGUUGAUUUCCACAAACUCAGCCUUACUGAAGACGAUCUUUUGUCCAGCUUUGAAGAGUCUGUAUGGCACGUCGAACAACCUCAAUUUAACUUGAACAGCGUUGGUAAAUUCUUAUUGUCUGAAUUUGCACGUGAUCAAGGUUAUAAGGUGGUGUUGACCGGUGAAGGCUCUGAUGAGCAUUUUGCUGGUUAUUCAUUCUUCCACGGCGAUUAUCUUCUCGAACCUGAUCAUUCUUCACCUCAUGGUUUUGGUACUCUUUCUGAAGCUGACCGUGAAAUCAGACUCAGCACAUUCGGUAAGAACGCUGAAUUCGCCAAAUAUUCGGAAAACCUUAUCAACAUGGAGAAGACUGAAAAACUGGAUAAGACCCGUAAAAUGGUCAACAAUAUCAAGACACACAUGCUUGUGGGUACUGCGCUGAGUAUGCCGUCCGAAUUUUAUCACCAAGCCGCUAUCACUGAAUGCGGUCAACCCAAUGCUCCUCUCGCUAUGGCUGAAGCUGUGAGCGGUGUUGCUCGUGCCAAGGCUAACAGCAAGUGGCACCCUCUUCAUACUGCACUUUACUUGGAAGGCCGUACCUUCCUCGGUAAUUAUCUUUGCAAUAACCUUGGUGAUCGUUGUGAGAUGGCCCACUCCAUUGAAGCUCGUACUCCCUUCAUGGAUCAUGUUCUUUGUGAGUAUGUCAACGGCCUCCCACCUUCUCUCAAGAUUAAGGCUGAGGAAGACGGUACAUUGAAUGAGAAGUGGGUUCUCAAAGAAGCUGUCAAGCCUUUCAUCACAGAAGAACUCUACAAGCGUACCAAGCAUCCCUAUAUCGCUCCUUCAUCAAAGGGUCAAAACCCUAAGACUGUUGAAUUGGUCAACAGGCUUAUCAGUAGGGAAAAGAUUGAUCGUCUUGGUUGGGCUGAUACUGAAAAGAUUUUGGAAUUCAAGGAUACGUUCUUGAAGACCAACGAUGCUGGUUUAUUCAAGGAUAUUUUGUUCAUCAUGUCUUUUGUCAUUCUCUCUGAACGUUUCAAUGUUGCCACUUGGGAAGCUCCUUUAACUGUUGCUGCAGCUCGUUAAAUCCUCCUAUGUCCAUCCCCCUAUACAUAUCUCAAUCUUCUCUUUUGCAUUUAGAUUCACUACUCUUGCUAAUUUAUUGCAUUUUCCACCUUUUUUUUGUAACUAUAUAUAUAUAUAUUAUUGUUUCUUCUUGAAGAAUAAACAUUACCAUGUAAAUAUUACUUACCUUUAUAAAAUAAACAUUUAAAAGAUAAGUUACCAAACUCUAAUUACUUUAAC